AUGACAAAGACACCCACCUACGAGCAGUACCAAUAUCUUUUAAACCUAGUCUCAUCGGAAGUUCCAGGCGAGGCAUCCAGCACCGUUGACAAAGUUAGAGCCCAAGUAAACACGCCUCAAGCUAGAGUUGCAGUCCAUUUAAAGGAACUUUACGAGAUGAAGAAGCUCCCUUUACUUACUGCGUUAUCGAAAAUCCUGUUCAAACUGGCACUUCCUGACCAAGAACGAAAAUUGAGUGCAUUUUUGGACAUUGUACCGACAGAGGAAGAGAGCGCAGACAAUAAUGAGGCAAAGAACCUAGAUGCACCAAAAUUGUCAGUUGACCACCUUUCGUACCCACCAUCUUUGCCUGUGAUUUCUGAUAAAUUGUUACUAAUAAGGGUAGCCACUGACAAGUCCUAUCGCCAGGCGAGUGACUUUAUUGAGCUGAAACCUGAAAAAUUUGCCAAUUCACACAAUGCCAAGUUAGCACUACGAGGUCGUUCAACAAUGGAGUUGAUCUUGUUGAGUAUUUUAGAUGAGAAGUACCCCAAUAUGUACGAGGAAGAUUUGUUGAACAUACGUGAUAGACUAAUGUCAUUGGAAGUAUUGGCUAAGUUUGCGUUUGGGUACAACUUAGUUGACGUGAUGAAAUAUAAUUUAUCAGUUGAUGUGGAUGAUGCAACAAAGAUGGAAGUAUGUGCAAACAUUUUUCUAGCUUACAUCACUGGAUUGCAAAUGGAUGGCUACGAAUCCAAAGUUAUAAAACUAUGGUUGAAAACACUAUACCAGCCACUAAUAUCUGACUUGGCAACCUCGGCGACACCAAUAGCCAAAGUUGCAUUUAAUGAAUUUCAAUUAUUGCUCAAACUGAUUGCAAAUGUAAAUCGGUACCCUCAAAGCAGUGUAAAGUAUGACAUCCUCCAGGUUAAGACAGCCGACGCGUUUAUUGCUCAGAUUAUUGUUGGAGAUGAAAGGGAAGUGGUGGGCGCUGGUGUCUCAAAUACUAGUUUCGAAGAUGCUGAGGAUAGUGCGGUGAUGGAGAUCAUGAAUGACCAAGAGAAGGUAGCUCGAAUCUUCACCAUUAUCGAACAACAAUACAUAAGAAGCAGAUAUGGCGGUAGUAGGGUGGAUACAACAAAUGGGUCAUGGCCAAUGGCGGGUGAAAUGCAAACUCGAAGUCAGCCGAGUCAGGCAACAGCCGCACCAUUGUGUGGAAGCACUCUGUCCGCAAGUUCUGAACCACAACCACCCCACCACUCCCUAUAUGCGACAACAAGUGGAGUGCAAGGGCAAAUGCCAAAUCAAAUGGCCAGUGCCACCACAUCACACGAUCAGAGUAGAGCAAUGACAAGGUACGGUCAGCACAGUCCAUCUCCUCAACCGGCUUAUCCACACCAACCACAAGAACCAAUAUACGGCCAACAAGCGGCAUUCGGCACAUCGCAAGGGUACCCUCGUUCUUCGCCUCCGUGCGCAUACAUUCCAUUGAGCGAGCGACGCAAUGACUUCCAGAAAUCCAGACACUCAUACGAUAGCCGCAACCAACAAGUGUAUGGGCAACUGGCCCAUGGGCUGCUGCAGGCCAAUGCACAACAAGACUACGACCAACAACUGUAUGAGACGAUUCCACUAUCGCAUACUGGAAUCGAUAUGCGUGCCCGGGCUGAUUUGAACUCGAUUUUGAGUCGUUUGCAAUUAAAACCUGAAUACAUGGUUACGAGUGAAGGAGGUCUGUUUCAUGCACUUUGCACAUGCGAGGGUAUUGCACUUGGUGCGGGUAUCUGCACAACCAAGAAAAAAGCGGCCCAAAAGGCAGCUAUGGCUGCCUUGAGCAAUCGAAGUGCUUUGAUGCAACUAGGGGCAAUACCUCAAAACUAA